GCGUUUUGUUGUACUUAUGUUCAGUUUUAAUCGCCGCGCCGGUGAUUGCCGCUCGCCGGCGUGCUUUGCUUGAUACUGUUAUUACAUUUUCAGUUAACAUUAAAAAAAACAAUCGCGGGUGUGAAUGGUGAUUUUUCGACUUUAAGAAGCCAGGAUACCGAAAGUAUUUAGGAAAACUCCCACUGUAAGCAAAAAUGGGCCGUUUCCUCUCGAAAGAGAACCUCGAAGGUUUCGAUAAAUAUAAGUAUAAUUCUAUUGAUACGAGUGUACUGAGCAACUAUGUCAUGCACCCAUUCUGGAAUUGGUGUGUUCAAUUCUGCCCAGUGUGGGUAGCGCCCAACCUGCUAACCUUCUCCGGCUUCCUACUGACUGUCCUCAAUUUCCUCCUAUUCUCCUACUACGACUACGGGUUCUUCGCGUUAACCGAGGCCGGUGGUGACGGGAUCCCGAGGUGGCUGUGGGCUGUGUCCGCUGUCAACCUGUUUGUGGCAUAUACCCUGGAUGGGAUCGACGGCAAGCAAGCGCGACGCACUGGCACCAGCGGUCCUCUCGGGGAACUCUUCGACCACGGCCUGGACUCUUACUCUGCUGUGUUCAUCCCCGCCUGUCUCUACAGCAUAUUCGGAAGGGACGAGCUGAGCCCGCUACGUAUGUUCUUUGUGAUCUGGAACAUCUUCAUCAACUUCUACCUGACCCACUGGGAGAAGUAUAAUACUGGCGUCAUGUUCCUGCCGUGGGGCUACGACUUUACCAUGAUUGGCUCCUGUCUCCUGUUACUGAUAACGUCAGUUAUCGGUCCGACGGCGUGGCGCGUGGCGCUGCCCGGCGGCCUAACCCCAGGCGUGGUGUUCGAGCUGGUCCUCUACCUGUCCGCCAUGUUGACAUCGCAGACCACCAUCUUGUUCAACAUAUACAAGUCCUACCGCGACGGCACGGGCAAGAUGCGCUCGUUCAACGAGGCGCUCCGCCCGCUCUACCCCGUGGCCACGUUCUUCGCCGUGAGCGCGCUGUGGGCGCUGCGCUCGCCGAGCGACAUCGUCGACCGCGCCCCGAGGCUCUUCUACAUAUUGACGGGGACCAUAUUCUCCAAUAUUAACUGCCGUCUGAUCGUCGCCCAGAUGAGCGGCACCCGAUGCUCAGCUUGGAACGCACUCCUACUGCCAUACACUGUGUGCUGCGUCGCCUCACUCACAAUCCUGUCUCCGGCCGCGGAGCUAUACGUACUGAUCGCGCUCACCGCGGCGUGUACUGUGGCACAUGUCUACUACGGCACUAGAGUGGUGCAGGAAAUGUGUGAACACUUCAAAAUCAACUGCUUCCAUAUCAAGCCAAAAAUCAAAUAAGUGAUUAGAGCCUAGUCGAAAUGUUUAUUAUAAUUAAUGAAAGGUUGCGGUAGAUAUCUGGUCAAGGUAUUCGUUAAGGACAUAGUGAAAUUUUGCCAUAAAUGGCGUUUAAUGCAGAGGCAUGUAUAUUUGUAUAACUUUGUAGUGGAAACGUGUAUGUAAUGUAUUACAAGAACUUUUUUGGAGGUACAACUUUGAAUAAAAUGGCCCGAGGAAGGUGUGGGUACUUUACGCAUCUUCGGAUCUCGUAAAUUAUAUGUAUGUAUACAUACUGUGUAUACAGAUAUAUGAACACAGAAGGAACCUAAUUAUAAUUAUUAGGUAAACAGUUUAGUUAUAAUUCGCGUACGAGAUCCGAAGAAGCGUAAAGUACCCACACCUUACUCGGGUCAUUUUAUUCAAAGUUAUACCUUGGUGUUUUUGGGGUAUAAAUGGUUAUUUUGUGUUUAGAAUUUUCAGCGCUCACUGGUUUUGAGCAGAAGCCACUUUUUUACUUCUUCCGUUAGAUGAAGACGAGUAUAUACCUAUCAGCGUCAUAUAGGUAGAACGAAUCUCAUCGCGAGCAACCGACUUCCAUUUUCUUUAUAAACUAAUUUAAGUCUUGCCAAAUUGGUAUGUACUUUAUUUACUUCCUUAGCGAUUAUAAAGCUAGAAUUUAACCAAAUGUUACUAGAAACACUAGUCAAUAUUAACGCCACAUAUUCAAAAUGGCAUUUUUACAUUUUAAUAGUACCUAGUAAUUAACAUUUUCUCAUGAACUUUUUAAUCUUUAUGAAACCAUUCAAUAGACUUAAAUAUUUUUCGAUCAUUCUUGUUGUAAUGAUUUCGAUACUUAUACAAAUCUUAGUAUGCAGUGUAUCUGACCAAUUAUUGAAAUAUUGUUAAGCCUAAAGCCAAUCAAAACACACUUUUAGAUAGCUAAUGAAAUGUAACUUAAACCACCCAACUAUAGUCCCAAAAGCUCCCAAUUAUGGGCCAACAUUUCUUCAUUAGGCGAAUCCACACAGAAGGAACCGCCUCGCGGGGAAAUUGCCGCGCGAAGCAGCUCGGUCGAUCGAGACGAGUCACGUCUCCACAGACUGAGCCAUGGUAUAAUAAUAUACUCCGCCUGGUACUCUCUUCCGACCCCGUGACUGACACAAGCCUACGUCAUCAUGCGACAGGCCGACAGCGCUAUAUAAUAGUAUGCAAUAGUGCUAUACAAAGUGGCAAUGUUAUUGUGACGUAGGCUUGUGUCACUCUGGGAAGAGAAGACCAUGUUUUAUUAGAUUAUGGACUGAGCUGAUCCGUGCGGCAAUUUCCUCCGUUCUGUGCGGCCGGCCUAUUCGGUUGACUAUUAUUUUAACGUCAUAGUUCUACAAGAAGAAACUCAGACAAAACUAAAAAUAACAUUGGUAUUGACUUCAUUACAUAUUGAACUCGUGGACAGUGUUGGCCGUAACGUUAAUGCAAUUGAACAUUCUUGACCAUUAACCAGUACAAAUUGAACGUCAACUGUUGCCGUCCGUUACCGUUUACGGUUCAAUUUGUAAUGGUUAAGGUCAAUUGCAAUUAACGUUCGGCCAACACUGCUCGUGGACCAUAGUCGUAGUACAAAGAGCAACACUCUUUUAAUUGUCCAUCGGUAGACCUUAUGCCGUUUCUAAUAAGGUUUACCUACGGAUAGUAAAUUUAACAGUGUGGUCGAUGGUACUGGACUUGGGUGGUUUACGGUAAAUGUUUUUUUUUUUUCAAUUCAUGCAAUUAAAAUCGAAAUUAGGAACUGAUAUUAUAGAAACUCGAUAGCAUGCAUCGUGCAUUGUGCGUAAAAAUUGUACGAUUUUUGAAGCAUUUAUUGAGACAGAAAAUAAUCCCAGUGAAUCUCUAGAAAUUGUGAAUCAUACGUAGUUGUUUGGAAAGGGUAACAUCAGGAGAAUUUUAAUUUUCAACAAGCAGAAACGUCUGCGAACGAUGCUAUUAAGCUUAGAAUAAAUUUAAAAGUGGAAAAAUUACUAUCUUGGGUGAGACUUGAACUCACGGCCUCUGG